GGUAAAGUCCGGGCAAAGCCCUCGCGACUGGUAAGCGAGCAGAGGCUUACGGUUCGGCACGUCCCAUCAGAGACCUCUCACUGACCCCCGCCUCCGCCACCGCUCCCUGAGUUGCACACGACAUGAGCCAGGCCAGCUGGACCGGGAAGAGAACAGACAUGCUCCCGGAGAUCGCCGCCGCUGUGGGUUUCCUCUCCAGCCUUCUGAGGACCCGGGGCUGCGUGAACGAGCAGCGACUUCAGGUUUUCAGCGGGGCUCUCCAGGAAGCCCUGACGGAGCAUUACAAACACCACUGGUUUCCUGAAAAACCAUCCAAGGGCUCCGGCUACCGCUGCAUCCGAAUCAACCACAAAAUGGACCCCAUCAUCAGUAAAGUGGCUAGCCAGAUCGGACUCAGCCAGCCUCAGCUGCACCGGCUGCUGCCCAGUGAGCUGACCCUGUGGGUGGACCCCUACGAGGUGUCCUACCGCAUUGGGGAGGAUGGCUCCAUCUGCGUCCUGUACGAGGAGGCCCCGGUAGCCACCUCCUAUGGGCUCCUCACCUGCAAGAACCAAAUGAUGCUGGGCAGGAGCAGCCCCUCGAAGAACUACAUCAUGGCAGUCUCCAGUUAGAUCCCCAGCCGCUACACCUGGCACUCGGCUGUACUCAUUCUGCUGUGACAACAGGCCACUGCAUACCUCUACCUGGGGAAUUGUAUUUUAAGUGAAGAGCUAUUUAUAUAUAUAUAUAUAUAUUAUUU